UCAUAGAGGAGGACACUCCUACAGAGAUCAGCACAGGACACGCCAUGGAGAAACCCUCGAAGGAUCGUCUCACUUUAUCUCCAGGUUGUAAAAUGGAAGACGAGGACAUCACAGGAGAUUGUGCCGAAGAAAGGCCAUUGCUUUACAAUGUGGAUAGACCAUGGAAUCUUUCUGGUUCAGAACCACCAUGUACUGUGGGGGAUGGAGACGAAACUCAAGAGAAGAAGAAAUUUCCCUGUUCUGAAUGUGGGGAAAUUUUCAGCUCUGUGUUAGGUCUCCAAGUACAUCAGAGAUCUCACACGGGUGAGGAGCUUUAUUCCUGUCCUGAGUGCGGGAAACGUUUUCUUCAUAAUUCAGAACUCGUCGUACAUUACAGAUCUCAUACAGGAGAGAAGCCGUAUUUCUGCACUGAGUGUGGGAAAUGUUUUUCACAGAAGUCUUAUCUUGCUAGACAUUAUAGAUUACAUACGGGUGAGAGACCCUUUGUCUGCCUUGAGUGUGGAAAAUGUUAUACUCGAAAAUCUGAACUCAUUAUACAUCAAAGAUCUCAUACAGGGGAGAAGCCGUAUACCUGCCUUGAGUGCGGGAAGCGUUAUUCACGGAAAUCAGAUUUUGUUAUACAUCAGAGAUCUCACACGGGGGAGAAGCCGUAUACCUGCCCUGAGUGCGGGAAAUGUUUUUCACAGAAGGCCAAUCUUAACACACAUCAGAGGUCUCACAUGGAAGAGAAGCCGUAUUCCUGCCCUGAGUGUGGGAAAUGCCACACACAGAAAUCCCACCUUCUUAUACAUCAAAGGUCCCACACAGGUGAGAAACCGUAUUCCUGCUUUGAGUGCGGGAAACGUUUCUCAGAUAGGACUGGCCUUUCCAGACAUGAGAAGUGUCACACGGGGGAGAAGCCGCAUUCCUGUCCUGAGUGUGAAAAAUGCUUUUCACAGAAGUCCAGUCUUAGCGAACAUCAGGUAUGCCACAAUCAGGAAAAGGUAUUUUCCUGCCCCGAGUGUGGAAAAUGUUUUCCGCGAAAAUCAGAUUUUGCCAGACAUCAAAAAUCUCACACGGGGGAGAAGCCGUUUUCCUGCCCCGACUGUGGGAAACUUUUUACACGGAAGUCUACUCUUACCAAACAUCAGGAAACCCAUACCACGUUUGAGGCAUAUUAGUGUCCUGAGUGCGGGAAAUGUCUUCUAUAUGAAUCAUGUUUUGCCGCAAAUCAUAGAUCUCACGCUGAGAGGAAGAACACCUUGACAGGCAGUAUAGACAUGGUUGAGCGCUACUUUGAUCUUCAGAUAAGAAACAAUUUACAGUGGAACCUCGGAGUACGAGCAUAAUCCGUUCCAGGAGAAUGCUCGUAAUCCAAAGUACUCGCAUAUC